AUGUCCCACAACCCCCAAAACAUGCAAGUCAUCGCCGUGGUCGGUGCCGGCCCAGGCAUCGGCGAAGCGGUAGCCCGACGAUUCGUCUCAGAAGGCUUCAUUGUGGCCCUGCUAGCCCGCACCGAAGACAAGCUACAGACUAUGGCAUCCGGCAUCGAAACCGAUUUCGGGGCCGGCACUGCAAGAUACUAUCUUACCGACCUCCGAGUCGAGUCUCAAGUCAUAUCUAGUUUCGCCUCUAUCAAAAAAGAACUCGGCCCAGUUAAUGUGCUGGUCUACAACGCCGGCGCUCGCCGCGUCAACGGCCGCUCGAUUCUCGACACCACAACAGAGGAAUUCGAGAACUUCACCAAAAUCAACCUAUUCGGCGCCUUCUGCUCCGCAAAAUGCGUGCUACCAGACAUGUUAUCUGCUCAAAAAGGCACCAUAAUCUUCACCGGCGCGACGGGCUCCUUACGGGGAAUGCCUGGCCUGUCGUCCUUCUCCCCAGGCAAAUUCGGGCUGCGGUCUCUAGCGCAGAUUAUCACGCGCGAGUAUCAGAGUCAGGGGAUUCACGGUGCGCAUCUGAUUGUUGAUGGGCCGGUGGAUGGGAAGUUGAUUGGGGGCGUGACGAGGAGGAAGUGGGAGCGGGAGGGCGAGAAGGAGAAGUUGGCGGAGGCGGAUAGGUUUAUUAUGCAGCCGACGGAUUUGGCGGGCAUUUAUUGGUAUCUGUAUACGCAACCGAGGAGUGCGUGGACGCAGGAGUUGGAUGUUAGGGCGCAAAAGGAGACGAUGUUUUCGAAGCUGUGA